CGUGAUACCACGAGCGGUAAACAUCGAAAACAGGAAAAACUCUUUUUCGGACACAAAUCAGAAAUAAACAUUACGUAGCGAUGAAAACCUCAGAAUUGGAAUCUUUUCAGCAAUCCUAUGAGCAAAGGUUCGGGUGCUGUAUAUGCCUUGGACCAAGGCUACAGAUGGUCUCUGGACAGUGCCAGCACCGUAUCUGCGUCGACUGCCUGUACGUGGACGAAGAACGGAGGCCCUGCAUGGAGGUCUGCCCUGUGUGUUCUCAGUCGGAUUCCUUUCCGAGAAAAAGACCUAUCUUACCGAGCCAGGUAUUAGAAGUUCAGAAAUGCCUUGGAGUGCAACUCUGUCAGAGUGGUUGUGGGGCAGAAAUGUGGUACUGGGAGGUUGAAGAACAUAACAGGUGUUGUCCAAAAUCUAAAGAAGCUGAGAUUGAAAGCAAAACACCUGUGAAGAAAAGACGACGUAGCCGUAUUAAUGACAUUGGCCCAGUGAGUACAACCAGACACACACCUUCAUCCACGACACAGCUGCGUAAGCGAGCUACAAGGUCACAAAGCCUGCGUAUAACUAGAUCUACAUCAGACCAGACAGGGUUGACCUAGGGCCGGCAUCUAUGUGAAACAUAGGGUUUGCAUCUUUGUGAGAUAUGGAGUCUGCAUCUAUGUGAAACAUAGGGUUUGCAUCUUUGUUUGAUAUGGAGUCUGCAUCUAUGUGAAACAUAGGGUCUGCAUCUUUGUGAGAUAUGGAGUCUGCAUCUAUGUGAAACAUAGGGUCUGCAUUUUUGUGAGAUAUAGUCUGCAAUUAAGUGGGAUAUAUGGUCUGCAUAUUUGUGAGACAUACACCACGAUAUUUCAGCAUCUUUGAGAGACAUGUGGUCAGUUAAAAGUGAUCUGAAAAAUACCGUUCCUGUGUCAAGGUUGUGUCUGAGGGUAUUCAUCACUGUCUUAUGUGAUAGCUCUAAUUUUACAUGUCUUGCAUUUAGCAUGUUUGUGUCUUUGUUCACUCUGUUUUGUUACAUGCUGCAUAGAAUUUAACAACUUUGUGAUGACUUUGUACCCUGGGCGGACUUUAUAAUCUGUUCGGACAUAGUUUUCAAUAUUUGUGCUAAAGUUCUGUGUAUUAAACUGCUCGCUUUAUUGUUUACAUUUUGACGUGCAAUAGGUUUGAAAGAUGUUCACAACUUUGAACUUCAAAAUUUAUGUUUCUAAUGGUUAUUUUACGGCUUUUACUUUUGUCACAUUACCAGAGUAUGAUAUUUGACACUGUCAGUGAAAAUUAUUCCAGUUGAAGGAAAGGCAUUUUUUUUUUGAUGAAAAAUUCAGAGUCUGUUAAGCAGACAAUCAAAAGCCCAUUUGAAAUACUUUUGCAAACAGUCUCUGAUGUAAGUUAUUUUAAGAUUUUUUUUAAAUUGUAGCAUUAACACAUGAUUGAAUUUCGAAGUGAAUACCUCAACAGAGCUCAAUUUUUUUCAAAAAAAACACUAUUCAUUUGAAGUUUUUUUGUUGUUUUUUUGAUUGGUCUAAAAAGUGAUGGCCACAAGCAAAACUUUUUUUUAUGAAAAAUGUAUACAAUUAAGUUCGACUUUUCUUACAAGUUUAUAAUAGAUCCUCUGUCAAUAAAAUAAUGUGUGUUUAUCAUAAAGUCUGUCUUAUUUACAUACUCAAAAUUAAAUCAUCAUAAUCAAACUACAAAAGUUUGUUUGGUAAAAUCAAGUUUUGUUUAAUAUUUUGACUUUAAAAUAACAUCCUUAAGCAUGAUUUGCUUAAGUUAUUUUUUUUAAAUAUUUUGGCUAUGUGUAGCUUUUCUAUUUAUAAUCUUUGUAACAUUUUGAACAAAUCUUUAUUAAUUUAUUUUUAUUGUUAAAAAUAUGUAUAUGAUAUACAUGUAAAAAAUGUAAAUAUUGCCACAGUUGUUGUUAAUAAAAACGUUACUUCUU